AGGCGCAACGCAACGCAACGCAACGUUUCGACUAUUUUCGUGGAGAACGUGGCCUCGUGGGGAUAAUAAAGCGGAAGGAAGGAGUGAAGGACCCAAACGUCCACACCACAAUCCCCGCCGUUCCUCGGAAACCUAAUUAACCCGGCCGCCGGUGGGUAGCUACUAGCUAGCCUUAGCGUCGCGAUGGCCUCGCCGCCGGCGCACCGUCAGCUCGACGCCCUCCCCGACGACCUCCUGGCGGAGGUCCUGAUCCGCCUCCCGUCCCUCGCCGACCUCGGCCGCGCCUGCGCGUCCUGCGCCUCCUUCCGCCGCGUCGUCACCGACCGGGCCUUCCUCCGCCGCGCGCGCGCGCUCCAUCCGCCGUCGCUCCUCGGGUUCUGCGGCGCCUCACCCGGCGCCGGCGGGUUCCACUUCCACCCCGCCGAGCCGCCCCACCCGUCCGCCCCCGCGGCCCGCGGCGUGCUCCGCGCCGCCGACUUCGGCUUCUCGUUCCUCCCUUCCCCUGAUCCCCUCGGCUGGGUCGUCCGUGACGUCCUCGGCGGCCGCUUCCUGCUCGACCGCGACGUCGUGGAAGAAGGCGCCGCCGCCGCCUCGAGGAUCCUCGCCGUGUGCGACCCCUUGUUCCGGCGGCACUUGCUUCUCCCCCAGAUUCCUCAAGACCUAGCCGCCGCCUCCGCCCUCCGUCAAUCGCGCCGCGGCGAUACCUUCUUCGCUCCGAUCGGUGAAGAAGAGUGCGUGGCGGCGGUGGCUGAGACGUCAUUCAAGGUGAUCUGGAUUGCGGAGUGCGCAGAUAAACUCGUCGCCUUCGUCUUCUCUUCAGUCACCGGGCAAUGGCGAGCCACUGCAUCUGUCUGCUGGGGAGAUCUGAGCCCUGCAUUCUCGCGCCCCGCUUGCCGCUCCAUGUCGCGGCGCAGCUACGCAUACGGCUGCUUCUACUGGAUGAUGGGUGACUCAGUGAAGAAUCUGCUUGUGCUCGACAUGCGUAGGAUGGAUUUCUCAGUUCUCGAGCUCCCAUCGAGCGCGCCUGGCCAUGACAUUGUGGAAUGCGCCAUCGUAGAGGAAGGAGAAGGCAAGAUUGGGAUGUUCGCUUUCCGUAAUUACAUCGCAGGCUAUGCACUCCAGAUCUAUUCUGCAAAGAUGCAAAAUGAAGGGAAAGCUGCUGCCGGCAAAUGGAGUUUUGAGACUGCCAUGGUCGUGCCUUUCGACGAAUUCGGCAUCCUGGGUGCGACCAGCAGGGAGUUGUUCUUGAAAGUUCCUCCGAGUUUCGCGCGCGGGUGCUAUUCGCUGGAGUUCAGCACAAACCCAAGUUGCAAGUAUCUUGAGUCUGUCCGUAGGGUGAUCAGUGGUGUUCCACCUUCGCUGUCAUUCCUGUAUGUUGGCUACCCGCCAUCUCUAUCAUCACCAAGCAUAUGAAGCGGUAAGCUUGCUCUUUUCCUGGCCAUAUCUUUUUGCAAGAACUAUGAAAAUUAAUUUGUGUUAUGAGGGGAUUACUAGAGGUUUACAAUGUCUUUUUUGACCUUUCAUUCUAAGGAACGUACUACUGCAACUGCAUCAACAAUC